AUGGAGUCGCCCGCACAUUGCCACACAUGCAAACCGGCAGCUUCCCCGCUUUGCCUGAAAGUUGCAGAGCUCCCGCGGUGCAGGCCGGAUCUGGAGCGGUGCUGCCUGUGCCCAGACCCAUCAUCUGUGGUCUCCUCUGUGCUAUCUUGCUUCCAGGCCACCAAUUAUGUCUGCCCUGGUUGCCAUGCCAGCAUUUAUGAUAGCUGCGCCCACACCGAGCUGUCAGAGCGACGUUGCCCUGCAUGUGGUGAUGUUGAGAAGGACGCGGAGCCCUUGCGCUGCUACCUGGCGAGGCCUGGGAGGCGGGCCCGGCAAAUCGUGCCGGCGAGGCUCUCAACGAGGUGGAGGAAUCUGGGACGCGUCCCGGUUGCAAGGACACCGAAGUUUUCAAUGUGGCAGACCAGAGUGCACAGCAGAUCAGCACUUCCGCUCUUUUUCGCAACAAAGCUGCCCAAGCUGACUGGUGGGCUUGGGAGCGCCUGUCGUAAAGAACGCGGGCCGUGGAAUCCUUCGGGCGGCCGUGACUGA